AUGGACAAGCAAGGUCGUCAGAUUAAAAAACUUUCGACGAGAAUUAAUUCGUAUGAAUCAAAAAAGGGAUGUUUCAGGAAAAGAUUUCUCGCGUAUGCGAUGCUUAAAAAGUUCCGUGACGAAAAUCAAAUACUUAAUAAGCGUAAACAAGAAUUGGAACAUGAACUGACUAACGUAAAGGAGGGUUUCGAAAAUGUAAAAAAAGAGUACGAGGUGAAAAUAAAUAGACUGAAAAAAGAAUUGCUCGCCGUAAAAAAGAAGGCAAGUACGGAAAUCGAUAGUCUCCGAGUCCAAUUGCAGAAGAGAAACAAGGAAGUAGAAACUGCCAACACAGAAUUACGCGAAACACAAAAGCGCGCCAUUAUAGAUGUGGAAAUAGCCAACAACCAAUUGCGCGAAGCACAAAUAACGGCAGAUAAUGCAGUAAACAGUGCAAACGCACAAGUGCGCGAAAUGGAAUUGUCAUGCCGUUCGGCAAUAAAAAAGUAUCGUAAUGAAGCUCUAAAGUAUCAAGCAGCCUUGGGCAAUCAAUCGUACGCAGAACUCAGCGACGAGGAUCCAAAUAAUUGCACGAGAUACGAAAACGAUGUGAAACGAUUUAGGCAUCAUCUCUUGCAAUUGAUCAUGCCUACAAAGCAUGACGCUUCCAACCCCAGGUUGUACCAAACCGUACCAAAUUUUAUACCUGAUUAUAAAAUCGAAACCAUGCAAUCCGUAUUGGUCAAACUUGCAAUUUGCGGGAUAUUGAAAGAAUGGGAUACGAAAAUUAACAUAUACCGAAACAAUAUAUUGCAGAUAGCGAGUCAGCAGAGACCCUGGGUGGAUAUUAAUGAAAAAGAAACCGAAUAUAUGGCAUUAGCAGCAUGCGCGAGCCUGAAUAAGGAAUUAACUGAUUUCUUUCUGAAUUGGAGCAGUGAGAAAAAAUCCGAAGAUCUAGUUAUAUCCACCAAA